AUGCAGAGUCAGAGCACGAUCAACAACCAAAACUCCCAUGCUAUCAAUGACAUCAAAGGGACUCUCACUAAAGUAACCACCACUUUGAGUAACCAGGAGAAAGGAAAGUUUCCAGCUCAACCCCAGCCCAAUCCACAAGGGCACAGUCGAUCAUCUCAGCAUUCAGGUGAAGGGAGCAAUGUGAAAUCAGUGAAAGCUAUUACAACUUUGAGGAAUGGUAAGGUUUUGGGUGACCCUGCCCAUAGUGCAGGAAGUUCAGGUAAAAAGGCUAAUCCUUCUCUUGAUAGUGAUUUAUGCACUGUAAAACGCAAACUGAAUGUGCAGAAAAAGACCUUCCUCACUGAGCAACAACCUCAAGAACAUGAAGAAAUCCAAGAAGUCAAUUCACUGGAAUCUUUAAUUGUAGACACUCCUUGGUUAAACUAUGAUUGUGAUGAGCGGUGGGAGGAAUUAGAAGAUUCCCUUGAUUUAACUGAGUCUACUGAUCAUUUUUCUUCACUUUGUAUUGCAGCUCUAAAAUUUCUACUGUCAAAAAAAGACACCAAGCCAAGACUGGAAAGGUGGAUACUUCUACUUCAGGAAUUUGAUCUCACAAUAAAAGAUAAAAAGGGAGUGGAGAACGUGGUGGCAGAUCACCUUUCUCAGUUUCAACCAGAAGUUUCUGAGAAGUUUUCUUUAAUUUCUGAUAAAUUUCUUGAUGAACAAUUAUUUGUCGUUGAAUAUUUACCAUGGUAUGCUGAUAUUGUAAAUUUCUUGGUUACAAGGAAAACUCCACCUCGUUGGAAUGCUCAAGACAUAAGAAGGUUGAAGGCUGAAGCUAAGAAUUUCUUUUACGAUGAUCCUUAUCUCUUUAAAUAUUGUUCAGAUCAGAUCAUUAGAAAGUGUGUGCCUAACAAUGAAAUUUCUAAUGUUUUAAAUUUUUGCCACACGGAAGCUUGUGGUGGGCAUUUUUCCGCCCACAAAACAGUGGUUAAAGUUCUUCAAAGUGGGUUUUAUUGGCCAACUUUUAAAACCAUUUUAGGCAUGUCUCCAUAUAGAUUAGUGUAUGGUAAGGCUUGCCAUUUGCCUGUAGAGUUGGAACAUAAGGCGUACUGGGCAAUUAAACAAUGCAAUUUUAACAUUGAUGAUGCUGGUUGUGUGAGAAAAUUGCAGUUAUCUAAAUUGGACGAGCUGAGGAUAGAUGCCUACAAUAAUUCUAAAUUGUCCAAGGAGAGAAUGAAGAACUUUCAUGAUAAACACAUUCAGCGUAAGACUUUUGAGCCCGACCAACAGGUGCUAUUGUACAACUCUCGCCUACACUUGUUUCCUGGUAAGUUAAGGUCUCGGUGGAGUAGACCUUUUGUGGUGAAGACUGUUUUUCCUCAUGGUGCUGUAGAGAUUCUGAAUUCUCAAAAUGGUAAUGUUUUUAAGGUUAAUGGUCAAAGGCUCAAGCCUUUUAUUUCUAACUUUGCACCUGAGGAAUCUACUGUACAUUUGCUUGACCCCACUUAG